CAGGACGCGUUGUGGUGCGAGGCUCUGCACCCGUAUGAGCUGGCGAGCGUCCCCGCUCUCUUCUCCGCCCCCUCCCCCGCUGUAGGGGGCACUGGGUCGGGCCCAAGGGGGGGGUCAUGGCGGGGGGUGGCUGCGUUGCGCUGGUCCCUGCUCUGAUCGCUGCAGGCUCCUGGGCGCUCCCCACAGCGACCCUGACAAACUAAAACCCGCAGGAUGAGGUGAUAUGAUGGGGGAAAUAAAGCUGGAUGUUUGGCAUAGCCUGCCUAUACAAGUGGCCAAAAAAGCCAAAUCCAAGUACAUCCUUGUGAGGAUGGUGAGUGCAGCAGGGACGGGCUACUGUUACAACAUCAAGAGAGCCCGACUACAGGAGAAAUUGGUCCUGCUAAAAUAUGAUCCCAUUGUGAACCAACGUGUUCUCUUCACAGAGAAGAGAAAAAUACGUUCCAUCUGAACAACGCCUUGUAAAUGGACUUGUUUUAUAUGUCAUUUGGACUCGGGGGGGAGGGGGAAUGCUGCUUCUGAAAUCCUGCAGCAUGUGCUAAAAAGAGAGGAAAUAGACUCGAACAAUGCCUCCUGUGAUUUGAAGGCCAUUGUGAAUAAGAACAAUGUAGAGAGAGAAAAGUCUUAGUGUCUGGACAUAGAUCAUCGCAUCAACAUUUAUUUAUCCUUUGAGUUAUUUUUACAGUCCUCAAUAAAAAAAAUUAAAAUAGCAGAUCCCAUUGUCUGUGUUUUCCAUUGUGAAACUGGCUGUAAUUGUCAAAGAAACUGACUAUUGUUUAACAUGGCAAUAAAAAAUUAACAUUUUCUGCAA